AAAAGCUUAGUCUAAGUUUGUUUAUGUCUGAAAAGAACUGCUAGCUCUUCAGCCGCUAUACCUCGCCUUCUUCCUUGCACCUGUCUUUAUUUUCGACAUGCCAGCAAUGAGAUUAACAUCGUCGUUGGAAGCCUCGGUGGAGGCUAGCUUGAGCACGCUAGGGGACGAACAUGGGCAGCCAUUCACCAUCUUCCGCGUCCCCGCCUACGUCCGCGCCGCCAAACGCACGGCCUACGAGCCCCGCAUGGUGUCCAUCGGCCCUUACUAUCACGGCGCCGCCGGCCUCCGCGCCAUGGAGGACCACAAGUGGCGCUACCUCCGCGACCUGCUGUCUCGCAACUCCGCGGUCAGCUCGUCCGCCCUGAUCCAGGAGAUGCGGUCCCUGGAGCCCCGCGCGCGCGCGUGCUACAGCGAGCGGUCUGCCCUCGCCACCGACGACUUCGUCCGGAUGCUCCUCCUCGACGGCAGCUUCAUCCUCGAGUUCUUCUUCAAGUGGCACGACAAGGUCCCCGACGCCCUCUGCGACGUCGGCUGGGGCCUCACGCUCGUCCGGAGCGACCUGCUCCUGCUGGAGAACCAGGUCCCGUUCUUCGUCGUCCAGAAGCUCUACGACGUCGUCGCCGGCGUGCGGGACAGCAGGGAGCUCCUCGUCAACCUCUUCCUCGAGUACACCAGCGACGACAAGCCCAUCGCGCGCCCGCCCAGCGACUCCGACAUCCACCAUCUCCUCCACCUGUACUACGAGAGCUUCGUGCCCAAGCUGCGGGCGGACGACGACGACGCGCCCUCCGCGACGACGGGCCAGCAAGAGAAAGGCGCAGCGCGGGUGAGGGUGAUCCCGCGCGCCGCCGAGAUGAGCGCGGCGGGGGUGACCUUCGCGCCGCGGCGGCGGAGCGGCCCGGCGGCGCGGGGGGACAUGUACGACGUGGCGUUCGACGGCCGCCGGGGCGUCAUGGAGAUACCCCGCGUGGUGAUCGACGAGAUGAAGCGGCCGCUGCUGGUGAACCUGAUGGCGCUGGAGCAGAGCCAGCAGGGCGCGGGGGCGCGCGUGCUCACCAGCUACGUGUCGCUCAUGGGCAUGCUGGUGCGCACGGCGCAGGACGUGGAGCUGCUCCACCGCUGCGGCGUCCUGGACAACCUGCUGGCCGACGACCAGGAGGCGGCGUGGUUCUUCAGCCACCUCGGCGACGGCGGCGCCAUGGACUACAGCAGGCACGUCUUCGCCGGGCUGUGCGAGGACGUGCAGAGGUACUGCGGCUCGUGGUGGCACAGGAACAGGGCCAAGCUCCGGCAGGACUACUUCGGGAGCCCGUGGUCGGCCAUCUCCUUGUUCAUCGCCGGGUUAGUCGUUGCGCUUACGGCCACACAGGCCUACUUCGCAGCAUUUCCCAGAAAAUAAAAUCAGCAGAAUCCAGAUGAGUACCUAGCUAUGUGUGCAGUGCACGCACAUGAUUUGUAUACUUCUAGCUGGAUUUUAGAAAAGAAUGCAAAGUUUAUGUAGACCAUAUAUGCUGCAAAAAUGUGCAAACUGUUUUCGUUUUGGCUAGAAUGCAAUCAUAUAUAUGUCCGCCGGAAAUCAGAAAUUAAAGAUGACCGGCGGCAGGGGCCAGCGUCCUUCAGCGAUGACACCUUGCAAUCACAUGCGCGAGGAAUAGAUCCCUCAUUUUCGGCUGUAAGAUGCUUCAACGUCAUGGACUGCGCGAUCCUUUCCUUGGAGUCGAUGCAUUCCUUACUUGUUCGCUCGCUGGUACGGUACCAUGCCAGAUGCUUGAACGACGAGACGUCCAAGCUAGAAGGAUUCUAACUGUCUUUUUUCUUUAAAAAAGGAAGGAUUCAAACUCAGUCCUAGAAAAACGGAGAGGCAAGUCGAGGGACAAAAAUGAUGCAGAGGCUAAUUUUCUAAGGUGUUUCAGCUAAUUGUAUCAGUUUGUGAAUUUGUUAUGUAGUGAUGACUCACGAUCCAUGUAUCAACCUGUGCCCGGUUCUGAA